UCAGACUUGGAGUACAUGGUUGUCAGGCACAACGGCACCUUCAACACAAGCCAGCCCUUCCAGGUUACCUUAACGUGCAGCCUGAUGAUCCUCAAGUUCCCCUUCGACACCCAGACGUGCAACAUAAGCAUCGCUUCAUUUCUCUACCCAGUAACAGACCUGGUCAUGAAAAUCAAACGGACGCCAGCUGAGAUGAUGAAAAACAGCCAGAGUUACUUCCUAACUGAUGGAGAAUGGAAGUUCACCAACCUGAGCAUCGGUGAAUACAGAGAAGGGUUGGAUGACGAAGAAUAUCCAGUGAUUGUCUACAAGGUACAUUCAUAUUAUGUUGUCCCAGUAUAAAAAAAUAAAAUAAAAAAUGAAACCAGAUGGCUUUUCACGUUAGGGAAUGAGCAGUCACUCAACACAGCAUUAUUAUCUCUUACCUACAUUUCUUUCACCUUCCUCGACAGAUUUCCAUGGAGAGACGACCGACUCUGUAUGUUCUGAACCUGAUCCUGCCCACGUGCGCCCUGUACCUGCUCGAUAUGGCUGUGCUGUUUGGACCCAGCUCCCUCGAGGAGAAAAUCAGCUUCCAGAUUUCUAUCAUCCUGGGCAGCUCCAUGUUGGCCGUGAUUCUCAACAACAUGCUUCCUACUUCCUCCAAUGAACCACCCAUAAUAGUGAUAUUCUUCUUAGGCACCUUCCUGUUAAUGAUCAUGGCUGUGUUAGACACCUUCUUCCUGCUGCACCAGCAGCACAAAUCCCUACGCUUAGACAAGGCUCUCAGAAGCAUCCAGCAAGGCGUGCACACCAAGCUGGCAACGACAGAGGCCAACAACCAGGCCACGAAGCACCUCGCCAAGAAGAGCCAGGAAAAAGGGCAGCAAGCCAAGCCCCACUGGAAACCACAGGAGCAGGACCCCGUUCUGCCAGUCCUGGAGAAGGUGCUUCUCUACAGUCACUUAUUCUUGUCACUCUUUUUUUUUGCUGUUAUUUCUAUAAAAUGGAGCAGCUAGGGGCCAGCUCUGUGUUACGCUCAUUCAGUCGUUCUCAAUUUUAUUGUUUCUAAUCCCUCCACUGUCUUGUUUUUUUCUCCUGCUUGAUUCAUAGAACUGCAGAUGUUUCAGUUGCCUAAAU